UCUCUCUACAUCAAAAACCUCCCCGAGAAAUGGCAAAAAGAAGACCUGCGCCGCCAGCUCUACAUGCUCUUCUCCACCUACGGCCCCGUGCUGGACGUCACCACCCUCAAAACCUCCAAGAUGCGCGGGCAAGCGCACGUGCUGUUCCGCGACGUGCAGACCGCCACGCAGGCGAUGCGCGCGUGCCAGAAUUCCGAUCUGGGCGGGCGCGAGAUGCAGAUUGUGUAUUCGAAGAAUCGCAGUGGGACGCUGGCGAAGCUUACGGGG